AUGAGAUCUCUGCUGCUCUGCGCUGCUGGGGCGGCGGCCUAUCACCUCGGGGCCUGGCCUGGACACGCCGCUCGCGCGCCCGCCGCUCGCUUGGCGGCGGAGCCUCAGGCGCCGGCCGACUUUGGCCUCGCGCCCGGACAAAAGUUCGGGCCCACGGCGCCCGCGCACCCUGCAGACAAGCCGUGGACCAACCUCGAGACGCAGGAGGGAGUGCAGCUCGUCAAGGCCGCCAGCAACGACCUGCGCCAGCCGCUGCUCGCCGACAUGGGUGCACACAGCCCAGCUGCAGCCGCCGCCCAGCCGAGCGCCCCGACCGCCCCGCGCCCUCUGGCAGGCAACGACGAGAUCUCGGUGUCAAAGGACUCGAUCCACAUCCUCAAGCACCACGGCUCGUACAUGCAGCAGAACCGCGACCUCAAGAAGAAGGCCGACCGCGACAAGUCGUACCAGUUCAUGCUGCGGCUCAAGGUGCCGUGCGGAGAGGUGCCCGGCGAGCUCUACCGGGAGCUCGACGAGCUGUCCAACAAGUACGGGCAGGGCGACCUGCGCGCCACGACGCGGCAGGCCUUCCAGCUCCACGGCGUCCUCAAGGGCAACCUCAAGACCGUCAUCGCCACCAUCGCCAACGUGGGCUCCAACACGUACGGCGGAUGCGGAGACAUCAACCGGAACGUCAUGGUGCCGGCGGUCUGCUUCCCGAACAACCCGGCGUACGUGGCGGCGCAGACGUACGCGAAGGCGAUCGCCGACCUCUUCCGGCCGAUGACCGAGGCCUUCAACGAGAUCUGGCUCGAUGGCGAAAAGGCGCCUCGCAGCCGAGAUGGUGAGGGAGGCAGCCGCAGGCGCGCCGAGGCUGCUGCGAGCGUCGAGUACUGGCAGAAGGACAUCGCGCACUUUGACCUCGACAAGGUGCGCAACUACGACAACGGCAACGGCAUCAUCACCGGCCACCCGGUCGAGCCGAUCUACGGCCGCACCUACCUGCCGAAAAAGUUCAAGAUGGCCGUGACGGUGCCUGGCGACAACUCGGUCGACCUGUACAUCAACGACGUGGGCGCGGUGGUCAUCAUGGAGCCGGACGGCAAGACGGUCAAGGGCUUCAACAUCGUCGUCGGCGGAGGCAUGGGACGCACGCAUCGCAAGGAGGAGACCUUCGCUCGCGCGGCCGACCACCUCGGCUUCGCGAUCAUCGCGGUGCAGCGCGACCACGGCAACCGCGAGGUGCGCUCGUCGGCGCGGCUGAAGUACCUCGUCCACACGCUCGGCGUGGACGGCUUCCGCGCCCUCGUCGAGAAGUACCUCGGCCAGAAGAUGGAGCCGUGGGUGCCCCUCCCCGAGUGGAAGUACCUCGACUGGAUGGGCUGGCACGAGCAGGGCGACGGCAAGCUCAUGCUCGGGAUCAACGUCGAGCAGGGCCGCGUGGCGGACUCGCCCGGCCUGCGCGUCAAGUCGUGCCUGCGCGCGCUCGUCGACAACUACGGCGUCGACCUCCUCCUCACGCCCUCGCAGUCGAUCGUCCUGCGCAACAUCCAGCCCGCCCAAAAGUACGACGUCGAGGCGGUGCUGCGCGAGCACGGGAUCAAGCUCAUCGACGAGGUGGACGCGAUCACGCGCAAGUCGAUCGCCUGCCCCGCCUUCCCGCUCUGCGGCCUCGCCAUGACCGAGGCCGAGCGCGUGCAGCCGCAGAUCAACGCGCGCCUCCUCGCCGUCCUCCGCAUGAUGGGCAUGGGCAGCGACGACUUUGUCACGCGCACCACCGGCUGCCCGAACGGCUGCGCGCGGCCCUACAUGGCCGAGAUCGCCUUCGUCGGCUCGGGGCCCAACGCGUACCAGCUCUGGCUCGGCGGCUCCCCCAACCAGGCCGAGCGCACCGCCGUCGCGACCUCGAUCUUCAAGAUGAAGUUCGAGGACCUCGAGGCGACCGUCGAGCCAAUCUUCGCGAUGUGGCGCUCGCAGCGAAACAGCCCGACCGAGGCGCUCGGAGACUUUUGCCACCGCGUCGGCGUGCCCGUGGUCGAGGAGUUCAUGGCCGCGUACGAGCCCGGCGCGUGGAAGGGCAUGGCGCCCGCCUUCCCGCCGCCGCCCGCCGUCGAGACGCCGACAGCGACGGUCGGCGUCGCGAGCGACCUGCUGGUAAAGAUCGAGGAGGAGGCGAGCGCGCGCGGCCUCGACGCGCCUUCGCUGCUCGACAUGAUUGUGCGCGAGGCACUCGAGGGCUAGGGCGACCAGACCGUCGCCGCCUCGAGAGGGGGGGCCCACUCCAGAGUGGCCCACCCGCCUCGGCGCGUGCUCGUAUGAGCUGCGCGCUUUGGCGGCAGCCUGGUCCCAGUUAGCGACAACUGGCGGGUGCUAGGCACCCGCACAGUGCGCUCUCAGAUUUGCCAGCUGACCUCUCGGCGACCACCCACCUCCGAUGCUAGUGCCGAACUACACAAGCCUCCGUGUUUAGGACUGAGGACUCUCACACAUGAUUCGACGUGUCUCGCUCGUUUAUUGGGGGGGCAGGGGGGGGGGGGGGUACUGUACAUAU